AUGCUCAGCGAGGAACUAUCCACUGAUAUGGAUAACUCAGCGUCUCUUCGGCCUCACGUUUCGGAGAGCGAGAAUGGAAGGGGUACUGAGAAGACUAGAAGAGGAACAGAAGGAGGCAGUCCUUCAGCUCCCCAGUUCCUAGGACGAGCUAACAUCCAGCUGCAAGAUGCCAUAUUAGAUUUUGAGCAGACGUCGGCCGCGAUCCCGACCACGCUGACGACGGCGCGCGCGGCCAGGCGGAAAGAGUACAGGACUGCGAUCGAGACCUUUGUCGCAGACAUAGUCCGCCGCGCCAAGGACGUCGAGACGCUGAUCGCCGCUCUCCCGAGCAAGAACGACAGUGCUGGUCGGGCCGAGAUGGCGCAGGCAAACGCCGAGUACAAGGACGCGCUCGCUGAGGCGGAGGCGCUCCUUGGCGAACUCAGAGACACGCUCAAGGUCACGCUCGGCGAUGGGACGGAGCGUAAUGUGCCCAGUCUGAAGAAUGCCGUUGCGGCGAUGUGA